AUCAAUUAAAAAACUCAUUUAUUUCUUCCCGAAAAAGUUAAAAAGAAGUUUCAAGCCAUCAAAACUGAAUUAAGGAAGAAAAAGGAAAUUUUUCUUUUUUGGGCAAGAAGAUUGGACCUUCGAGGCUUUAACCACUUAAUCUAUAAAUUCUCUCUGUAAAGACGGUAUCUUUACUCUCCAACAGUCAUGGCUGCAGCAUCCAGUGCCAACCCACAAAACCCAACUUCUCUCCCUCUCCAAGAUCGAGUUGCCAUAGUCACUGGCUCAUCUAGAGGCAUCGGUAAAGCCAUAGCACUCCAUUUGGCUUCCUUGGGUGCAAAGCUUGUUAUUAACUACUCUUCCAAUAAGGAACAAGCCGAUCUUGUGGCUAGAGAUGUUAAUUCUUCUUCUGAGAAGGAUUCUCCAAGAGCUAUUACAGUUCAAGCCAAUGUUUCUGAUCCAACCCAUGUCAAGUUUCUAUUUGAUGAGGCUGAGAGAGUUUUUGGGUGUCAAGUUCAUGUCUUUGUUAACUCUGCUGGUACUUUGGAUUCUAAGUAUCCUUCCAUUGCUGACACUUCUUUGGAGGGUUUUGAUCUUACUUUUAGUAUCAACACUAGAGGUGCAUUCUUGUGCUGCAAAGAAGCAGCAAAUCGGCUAAAACGUGGGGGUGGAGGCCGAAUAGUUGUGCUAUCAUCAUCUCAGGUGGGUGCAUUGAGGCCAGGAUUUGGGGCAUAUGCAGCUUCAAAGGCAGCAGUAGAGGCAAUGGUAAAGAUUCUAGCCAAAGAGCUCAAGGGCACUGGGAUUACAGCAAAUUGUGUUGCACCAGGUCCUAUUGCAACAGAUAUGUAUUUUAGUGGGAAGACAGAGGAGCAAAUUCAGAGGAACAUAGCAGAAUGCCCGUUAGGCCGGCUUGGUGAACCCAAGGAUGUUGCCCCUAUAGUUGGAUUCUUGGCUACUGAUGCUAGUGAGUGGGUUAAUGGACAGGUUGUUCGUGCCAAUGGCGGCUAUGUAUAGGACUCGCAGAUCGAGCAUGCUACACCAGGAGUUUGAAAGAAUGACGCUUUACAUUUCCAAUUCUCUGAUGAAGUCAAAGUGCAUAUUGUUUCUGUAACGGCUACAAUGAAGUUAAAUCAUUACUAGUUAAAGAAACCUCUCAUGGAAGUAAAAAUAAAAUUUGUGAUGCAAAGUUUAGACAAA